AUGGAAACUUCACAACCUACCGAAGAAAUUAAAAAAGAAGUGGUGAAAGAAAAGGAGAAUGAAGACGAGAUGGAUGAGGAUGAAGAGGAUGCUACUACAGAGGAAGAAGAGCCAGAACAGGAAGGAUCAAAAGUCUUGGUAAUACAUCCUGGAUCAAAAUAUUUAAGGAUUGGACGUGCAUCAGAAGCAUUCCCCUAUGUAGUUCCACACGUUAUUGCGCGAAAGAUGAACUAUGAAAAGAAAAGUGAAAGACAUGAGGAAAAACAUGUAAUCAAAGAAGAAGACAGACAAGAAGACAAGCAAACAGAUAAACAAAAAGACAAACAAGAAGAUAGGCUAGAAGAUAGGCAAGAGAACAAGCAAGAAGACAAACAAAGAAGCAGGCAAGAGGACAUGCAAGAAGACAUGAGUACAAAUAUUGAAGAUACAAAAAUAUCAGUUGAAAAAAAUAAUGAUAUAACAAUGGAAAAUGAUGAUUCAAAGUCAGAUAGUGGUGAGAAUUGGUCCGGAUCUGUGGGUUCACCGGCUAUGAUGGAAGAAAUAGAAGAAGAUGAGGAACAAUUCACACAGGUUUUAAAUGAGAUAAGAAAAGAGUUGAAAGAUAGAAUGAAAACUUCAAAAAGACGACCAGUGGCUAAUGCACAAGCACAAGUUUUAUCGUUUAAUAAGUCAGCUCAUCCGGAAACAAUUGCAGAUCAUAACGACCCUUAUAAGGUUGAUUGGACUGUGGUUGACGAAAAUGUGGACUAUUAUGUUGGGGAAAAGGUAGGCGAAAGUUUUGGUGCCGGUAUAUCAGUUGCAUGUAUUGUGGAUAUUGGUGCUCAAACAUCCACCGUUGCUUGUGUGGAAGAUGGGAUGUGCAUUCCAGAUUCAAGUAAAUUUCCAUAUACUGAAAUGGAUUUAAAUCGUAUGUAUGAUUGGAUGUUGGCUGAAGAAAUGAAGGAAAAAUUCUGUACUUUGGAUGAAGCUAAUCUUGUAAUCCAAUUGAAUGAAUUUUAUGUAAGAGCACCUAAUCAACCGACAUUGAAAUAUCAAAUCAAAACAUAUGAUGAUGCUAUUAUUUCACCUAUGAGCCUUUUUUAUCCUCAUAUAAUCAAUUUUCAUAAAAAAUCUGUUGAAUUUCCCCCUAAAUUCACGUCUCAUGUGAUUGAUGAUAUAACAGAAGGUGUUAAUACUUCCACGGGGCUUUCGCCAAGUUUAGUAAUGCAAAAGCCUAAACUUUCCGUUGCAACGCAAGCAACACAAGCCAAAACCUCUUUUCCUUCACCAUCACCACAACAGCGUGAUAGUCCUGGUCCAAUGACACCUCUUAGACUCGAUAACUCAGCAGCACCAACAAAUGGACCUUCACCUACCUCUGCAACGCCAUCAGUACCACGCGUUAAUAAUACCUCUUCUGUAGAUCCGGUGUCUACGCUUCCGCUUGAUGAUGCUAUAAUUCAAAGUAUUAAUGCCGCAGCAACGGAAGAAAGGGCCAAGAAAUUUUAUGGAAGCAUUUUACUUGUUGAUCCAAGAUUACUUGCAUGGAAAGGUGGAUCUGUAAUGAGUAAAUUGGAAAUUGUAAAUGAAUUAUGGAUCAAUUCUAAUGAAUGGGAGGAAUUGGGUGUGAGAUGUCUUAGAGAAAAAGCAUUAUUUGUCUGGUGA